AUGUGGCUGAGGGAACUGUUCAAGGACCUCCUCACCCGGCCCCUGACCCGGAAGGAAGUGUUUGCCGUCUUCUUCCGCCUGACCGUUUUUGGGGCUGCCACCUACUUCAGCAUAAAGUGGGUAUCAGAUGCUCUGGACCCUACUCGGAAGCAAAGGAUACAGUUAAAGAAAAAGGCGGAACACUUGAUGAAGCAGCUGGGAGUGGAAGCGGUGAAGUUGACGGAGCACGAGAUGAACAUUGCUGCCCAUUUGGUAAUUCCAAGGGACAUCAAGGUCACUUGGAAGGACAUUGCAGGCCUGGAUGACAUGGUCAGCGAACUCCAGGACACGGUCAUCCUGCCAUUCCAGCAGAGGCAUUUGUUUCAACACUCCAGGCUCUGCCAGCCCCCCAGAGGUGUCUUACUUUAUGGUCCUCCGGGUUGUGGCAAAACCCUUCUUGCCAAAGCAACAGCCCAGGCUUCAGGAUGCAGGUUCAUAAACCUGCAAGCAUCUACCCUGACCGACAAAUGGUAUGGAGAGUCUCAGAAGCUCACGGCUGCUGUGUUCUCGUUGGCAACCAAGAUCCAACCCUGCAUCAUUUUCAUAGAUGAAAUAGAUGCCUUCCUGAGGAACCGCUCUGAAGCUGACCAUGAAGCUACUGCCAUGAUGAAAGCGGAGUUCAUGAGCCUUUGGGAUGGACUGGAGACCGGGCCCAAUUGCCAGGUAAUGGUGCUAGGAGCAACCAAUAGGCCCCAAGAUGUGGAUCCAGCCAUCUUGAGAAGGAUGCCCACUACCUUCCAGAUUGGCCUACCUACACAAAGGCAACGGCAGGAUAUUCUGAAGCUCAUUCUUGCCGGAGAAAACAUGAGUAAUGCUGUGAUCCUGAAGGAGUUGGCUGAGAAAACAACCGGUUACUCAGGCAGUGAUCUGCGGGAAUUGUGCCGGGACGCUGCUCUGUAUCGUGUGCGUGAUUACGUCCGAAAGCAACAAAUGAAGCAGAUUGCCUGCAUGCUCCAUGACGGAGACAGCGAUGAGGAAAGUGCCCUGGAAGCGGAUAGGUUGCGACCACUUACUCAGCUUGACCUGUUGUUUGCUCUAGAGAAGAUGAAGGAGUCCAAGGGAGCCUCAACUGCCAUGCCAGCACUGAAGGAGCCAGCUUUGGACUGA